AUGGUUGUCUUGUGGAAUCUGGGCGAAGGGAUACAGAAAUGUAUCGCGGAUACACUGUCUGGCUCAAAUAAAAGGCCCCCGACGACGAAACCGAGAGCUUUAGCCAAACAUCGUCCCUGUGCAAAUUUUAAUCUGUUGGACCUCCCUAACGAACUUAUCUAUGCCGUUGGCGUUGCCGCUGAGAGAAGAGAUGCCAGGGCACUGUCAACAACAUGCCGUCGACUUAGAGAGAAUCUGGCCAGUGUUGUAUGGUCCAGAGUUAAACUCUCGAUCGGACUAUGUGAAACCUCUAGCGAUAUCGACACUUUUACCACCUACCUUGGAGAACACUGCGAGAAGUUUGGUCUCAUCAAAGAGGCAACUAUCCACUUUGAUGGCUGUCGCACCGAAAGUCCGCCCUGCUGUGCUGAUGAGCUACUAUCGGUGCCUAAGGCUGCAUAUAUCAUCAACGCGAUGAGAUCGCUCGAAUCACUCUCGCUCGAUGUUCAGAAUCUCUCUGCCAAGCAAAUCAAGACAUUGAUAGAUGAACUCUGUUUUGGAUCUAAUGUAGAGAUUUUAGAGCUGAAGUGCGAAAAGAAUAGUCGUUGUUUGAUGGAGUGCGUUGGAGAGGCCACAGACCAUGGUUCUUCCGAGUCCAUAGCAGCACCAGAGAUCUCCUCGCAUCUUGGGAAAAGAUUUCCGCAACUCAAGUCACUGGUCGUUCGGGAGCCACUGUUUGACGGAUAUCAGUUGACUGAUUCACACUUUACGGCCGAUGAAAUACCUCGGUUUGUUUGCACAAUACACUUUACCAAUCCUAUUGAUCUUGUGCCUCAUUUGUCCCGCUUCAGACUUUUUAUCAGUGCGGUUGCAGCAAACCAUCCGGCACUGGAUGAGAUGGUGAUUAUCCUCAGCCGCAUGUACCUGAUUUGUUGGAAGCGUGAGAGUAACCAUAUCUCUUUGAGAGAAUGCUAUGGGCCGUGGCUCUUUCGCCCUAUGCCUAUAUUUGAGCAAACUGUGCUCGAGUCGCUGUUACUCAAUACUGUACCACUAGAAUCCGCCGAAUAG